AUGGAUCAGCGUUCACAUCACACUUCCCGUCAGUACCUGGCCCAAGCCAGGGAAGCUAGUGAUCCAACCAGCGGGUCAAAUUCAGUGAUGAAUCCUGAUCACGUGCCACCUGAGGCACGUUGCGCAUACGCCAAGAAGAAGACGACUUCAACUAUAUCAUCAGCCAUUUCUUAUGUAGAAAUAGUUAAGAUAAAUAAAAGAGCAUUAUCAUGUCUGGAUGCGGGGAAAGGUGGAAAAGGACUGGGGAAAGGCGGUGCUAAGAGGCACCAGAAGGUUCUGCAGGACAACAUCCAGGGUAUUACGAAGCCUGCGAUCCGCCACUUGGCUCGCUGCGGUGGAGUGAAGCGCAUCUCGGGGCUGAUCUACGAAGAGACCCGUGGGGUGCUGAAGGUUUUCCUGGAGAACAUGAUCCACGAUGCGGUGACCUACACCGAGCACACCAAAAGGAAAACCGUGACCGCCAUGGAUGUGGUGUAUGCCCUGAAACGCCAAGGCCGCACCCUGUAUGGCUUCGGGGGCUGAUCUCUCUUCCAACAGAUCCGUAG